CCGAAAAUAAACAAAAAAUAAGAGAUCUACGAGGUUUCCAUUUAUAUUCUUUUUGAAUUUGAUUAAAAAUUUUUGCCAAUUCCAAAGCAACACCGACGCCUUCGCAACUGACUGAUAAAAUUAUAUACCUAUCUGAACAUUUAAUAUUACAGUCCCUCUAGCGGAAAUUUUGUCUAAAUAUUUUCUCUACUAAAGAAAGCGUCCAUUGAUUGAAAGCGUCCACAUUUACAGCACGUGGCAAUAUUCUUAAGUAAAGUUUAGGAUUUAUUGAAAAUAGUAAACAUGUCAAUGCUAACGUGCCCAAUUGAUAUAAACAGUGGAUCUGCUUAUGAAUUCAUAGAAAAACAAACUUCACUAAAAAAAUCAAGUGCGUUAAUUAAAAAACACAAAAAUAAAAAACAAUACACUUUUGAUUCAUCAAGCCAAUUAGGAACCGUCCCUCUGGAAAGUGUAGAAAAUUUAUAUGUUCCUACGAUAGAAGAUUGGAAAGAGGAAAAUGUACCAGCCUACGAUCCUUGGAAAGUAACUGAAAAAAAAGAUAUCAUACGAUGUUUAAUAGGAGGUUCAAAAACAACAAAGAAGAAAUUUAUACUAGCCGAACAACAAAGGAUUUCAAAUCUUCAUAAAGAUAGUUCUUGCAAUUCAAAUUCAAAAAAUAAUUUUAAGCAUAAGGUAAAUAUUUCUCAACUUAUUAAAAAUUUGAGAAAAUUAAAUUUGAACGAUAUUGAUAUUUUAAUAAAAAAUAUUGAUAUGAGUAAAUUAUUUAUAAGUGAAAAUAAUAAAAAAAAUACAUUUAUAGAAGAAAAGUAUACACAAGGAACUAUUGACAAGAUAUUGAUAUAUAAAUUUAAAAAGUUGAUGCUUAAUCACUUGCAAAAAUAAAUUUUUCAAAAAGAAGAA